AUGCAGGAGCUGUACGGCAACGGCGUAGCGGGCGAGAUGCUGUCUGCCCUCAGCCGCCUCAUGACGCUGUACCUGCAGUGGCACGGCUUCACCUGCGGCAUGGACGACCUGCUGCUGGUGCCCGCGGCGGAGGACGCACGCCAGGCGGUGCUGCGGCGCGCGGAGGCGGCUGCGAUCAGCGCGAGCGCGGUGGCGGGCGGCGCGACGGGCGCGGCCGUGCCGGCGCCGGGCGCGCUGCUGGCGCGGCCGGGGGCGGACGCCAAGGAGCGGGAGGAGGCGCGGCGGAGGUUCAUGUCUGCGGCGGUGGGGGUGUCUGACUCCCUGGGGGAGCGGUACCGGUCAAACAGAGAUCAGGCGGGCAAGGUCCAUGACAUGAAGGUCACGAGUGCGAUGCACCCGCUGUCUUCAGAGGCCAUCAAGGCCUGCAUCCCCUCGGGACAGGUCAAGCCGUUCCCCUCCAACUGCAUGAGCCUCAUGACCGUGUCUGGCGCCAAGGGCUCCCUCGUCAACUUCAGCCAGAUCGCGGUGCUGCUGGGCCAGCAGGAGCUGGAGGGACGGUGA